AUGAACCCAGCAACUGUUAAAACCUCUGUGAUUUUUCCCGUGAUUCCCAUCCCUUCCUCCCCUACCUCCCUCCACAGGGACGCGGACGUAUCUCAGCCGUCCAUCAACUUCGCCCUCAGCGUGCUGUCCUGUGGAGCGCGUGUGAAGUCGGAUGGAAGCUUCCCCGACUCCCCCGCCAAGUCCCCUCUCGAGCCCGCCCUCUCUUGCGCCCUGUCCAUCCUCGAGCUUGCCGCCUCGUCCAAGGAAGGAUGCAAGCAGCUGAGGGACGACAUGCAGUGGCGCAAGGGCUUCUGGGAAGGACGCAAGCAGCUGAGGGAUGACGUGCGGUGGCGCAAGGGCUUCUGGGAGGGGCGCAAGCAGCUAAGGGAUGACGUGCGGUGGCGCAAGGGCUUCUGGUGGGCGAUGUGCUCCGCUGCGGGGGAGAGCAGCCGGGGCAGCGCCGAUGGCGUGCCGUGCUCGCUGGCCUUCGCUGCUCUCGACUGUCUCAACCACUUCGCUGGGGACCGGGAUAUGUGCUACAAGCUGAUCAACCAGGCCCUUCAUCUGCCGCUGCUGCUCCUCGCCGUUCCAUCCGAGUCAACGCUCGAGGAUGAGCGGCGCCGCAACGAAACUGGUCAGGAGCCCAACUUCAGGGCGAAAGCGCUGCAGCAGGUGGUAGCAGAGCUCCUCCGCACACUCGUGUUCACUCUCAAGCAAGCCCUUCAAUCCUUCACUGCUCCUCCCACCCCUUCCAACACCCCCCAUCCCUUCCCAAGCAGGCUCUCUGCUGCACAUGCAGCAGCUGGAGCAGCAGGGUUCCUCCACACCCUCGCAAUCACCACCUGUGUGUCUGCCCUACCCUCUCUGCCGCCCUUCCCUUUCCUUCCACGUAUCUGCCUUGCCCAAGCAGGUCAGGAGCCCAAAUUCAGAGCGAAAGCAUUACAGCAGGUGGCAGCAGAGGUCCUUCGCACGCUCGCAAUCACCCUCGAGCAAGCCCUCCCGCCCGACGGCGAGCCCAGCCCCCGAGGCUCUCUGCUGCACAUGCAGCAGUUGGAGCAGCAACAGCAGGAGCAGGAGCAAGGCGGCCUGCUCUCAUACGUCAUCCCCUGGGGUCUGCUAGACGCGCUGAAAAAUCCUGAUGCAGGGGCGGCGAAGCUUGUCGCCCUGGUGGGUGCGGACGGCGAGAUGCCGACUGCAAUUUGGAACGCGGCGGUUAGGGAGGAGCUUAGGGGGAAGGUGGAGGCGCGGAUUAAGAGGUUCAAUCUGGCGCAGGCGGGCGGAGCAGGGGGAGCAGGAGGAGGAGCGGAGGAGGAAGACGAAGUGGCCUGGCUGCGCUCUUUCAGGUACGAUUGCCUCAAGGAUGAAAUGGUCAUUUCGGGCAUCUUCGUCCGCGGGUACGCCGCGGGCAGCUGGGAAAACUUCGACCUGCCUGACGGCCGCGCGUUUCUCAUGGCUCUUCAGGACUACCUUCGAUCCUCCCUCCCCAUCAUCUCCUCCCAAUCCUCCUCCUCCUCUUCUUCCAACCUCAUCACUCCUCCAUCUCCUAGCAGCAUUGUCACCACCUCAGCAGCUGCCUUUGCCUCACAGCCUCCCACUGUUGCCGGGUUUCUAAUGGUACUUAAAGCCCUGGCAGAAUGCAUUAGGUAUGCGGUAGAGGACGGGAAGAGGGGCAUGCUGGCUCACAUAGACUAUCUUCUCCUUGCGGAAAUUUUGGCGGCUGCCCCGGAUACGCUUCCAACUGCCCGGCGGCUGGUCGUGGGCAUCGCGCAGAUUAUUUCAGGUGCCCCUACGAGCCGAGAGCAGCUGCUGGGGUCCUCUUUGCUGCCCGUUUUGGCACGGCAGCUAUGGAGAUCGAUCACCAUACCAGGAACGGGAGUGGAAGAGGGGGUGGUGGCACCAGAAGGGGAGGAGGACUUUGGAGCAGGGUUGAGUGAGUUGGCGCUGGCGAUUCUCGACGCGGUUUUGGAUCUAAGUGUGGAAAUGGCUGCCGUUGUAGCGGUUACCAAUCAUUUCAGUUCCAGCAGCCUGCUUCUCGUGCUGCUCGCGCUUUUCCUUCGGGUGCCGCUGCCCCCGUUUAAGGGCACCACGAAAAAGGCCGCCGGGCAGGCGUGGAGCGAGGCAGAAGAGGCGGGAGUGCUGGACACGGCGCAGUUUCGGGCUGCCCAGAUUCUCGGGCAGCUGUUGCUGGCGGCCUGCGGAGUGCAGGAUCGGGCAAAAUUUAUCGCCGGGAUUGAGGAGGGGGGAAGUUCGGCAGCAGCAUUUGGUGAUGGCACGAACGGGAUCGAUAACCUAUCGGUGGAUGAGGAGGCGUUUUCCGACCCUCACGGGGACGUCCGGGACAUCCACAACCUGAUUUCGCUCCUGGAGCCAGGUGCGGCGCCGGCCGUGCCUCUCAUUUCGGUUCGGGUGCUGUACCUGCUGCUGCCGAUGCGCAUCCUCUCGCUCCUCAUGUCCGAUCCGGAAGGAGCGUGCCGAGCCAUUGGCUCUCCCAGUUGCACGCCGCUGCUUGUGUGGAACGAUGCUUCGGCGAGAAGGGCGAGAGAUGCGAUUAAGAGAGAGGCUGACGAGGUGCUGAGGAGGCAUGAGGGGGAGGUGAGUGAGGGAAAGCAGCAGCUGGGGCUGCCCAUGUGGGAUCUAGAGGCUGGGGAGGAGAUUGACGGCGGCAGUGUGGGGCGAGGCGGGGAGGAAGCAGCGGCGUUCCGCCCCUUUUUCCUGCAGUAUGUGCGCGAGAGCAUCGAGCUGGCAAAAGAUGAAGGGGAGGGAGCGGCAGGAGGAGCAGAGGCUGCGGAAACGUUGUUUUCGGAGCAGGAGAAGGCGGGGUACGUUCCUGAGAUGUACAUCGGUGGGUGCUAUGUGAACCAGUUGUUGCGGCAGCCGAGAUUUGAUCUCGGGAAGCGAGUGGAGCUGCAACUGGUGAGGGAGAUUCGCAAGGCUAUAGUCACUGCUGCGCCGAACGAAGGCAAGAGAUACGAGGAGUUCACCACUGCGGAUCGUAGAAGGCUGCUUCUGGCCCUGCUCGCGCUUUUCCAGAGCCGCCCGCACCUGCUGACCAUCACCAACACGGACAUUUUCCUGCCCGUGACGGACUUUUUCACGUCGGGCAGCGGCGAGGAGCGGCGCGCGCUGCUGCAGGCCGGCGUGUUACUGUUCCUGCGCAUGGUCACGUCGAAUGACGUGGCGGAUUUCGUCUCUUCUGAGGAGCUGAUUUCGCUGCUGUCAAAGCUACUGUUGCUGGAGGUACCAGCAGGGAGACAGGGGCAAGCUGCUACUGAUCCGAGGGUGUGUGCUCUGAUGCUCAUGCAGAAACUUUUCAGACUUAGCUCAAAGGCUGUUGAGUUGGGGUUGCAGCAUCAGGUGGUGGAUCGUCUGGCGUCGCUUGUACUCGAUACAGAGAACUCCAUUACUGUGCGUGCGCGCGCUGCUGCUGUGCUGGGAGCUAUGGCUGGAGAGAGGCGGCUGGGGCCGGAGAUUACAAGGCAGGCGGAGAGGAUUUUACCAGAGAGUUACAAGAAUCAUAUUGCUUGGAAGGUGGGGUUUUUGAAGCAAGGGGCAGAAGAGAUCGGGCAGAAAUGCGUGCCAGGGCUUUCGGAGGAGAUUGAAGUUAAAACCAUGCGGCACUUACUUAAGUACCCGCUACCGUGUGCAUGGUGGACAACGGAUAUUCCCGAGGAUGGCGGGAUGGACGGAGGAGGAGGGGAUGGGGGUGGUGGGGAAGGGGAGGAUGGGAACGGCGGUCCCACAGCUGUUGUGGAAGCUGCCUUGAUGUUUCCUGCUGCCAGGCUGGACGCAUGGAACGAUGAGGUGGACGGGGCUUUAAGGCACGGGUUGGCUGCUGCUGCUCUCACCAAUACGCGGAACGUGAGGAUUCUGAGGAAGAAGCUGGCCGGGGCGAAGGGGGUGCUGGUGGAGGUAGAACUGCAGUUCCAACCUCCCCCAGGUGCAGCCGCGAGAGCCAAGAAGGGCGAGACUGCAAGGACGUCGGUGGAUGAUCCGACUAAGGCCGCCCGGACGUUCAAGCAGAGGUUGGAGACGCAGCUGGGGGGCAUGCUCGUCCCAGAUGUGUUUGAGUCGAUGGGUACCCCGGCUGUGAAGGACUCGGACAGAGGGGCGGCGAUGAGCGAUGAGGGCCGGGCGGCAGUGACGGCGAUAGUGGAGCAGCUAGAGGCUGUGGGGCUGGAGGAGCCGCUCAAGAGUCCCCUGGUGUUCGGAGCAUGGGAGGUGGCGUACACGUCUCGCCCCACAGCAGCAGGGGGCUACUAUCGCAGCAUGCUGGGGCGCACGCUGCUGCGAUCCAAGGACUUGGUGCAGACCAUCUACCCGCCCAACGGGGUGGAUAACCUUGUGGAGUUCGAUGCGCUCUCCCUCAUUCCAGGCAGCAUUAGCCUCAAAGGCACAUUCGAGCCGCUGGACAACAAGUGGGUGAGGGCGGUGUUUGAGGCACCCAACCUUGCUCUCGGCUCGCUCAAGUUCUCGUACGGAGGGCAGUCGUCCGUGCGCCUGUCCGUGUCCUACCUCGAUGACCGCAUUCGCAUUGGCCGCGGAUCCCAAGGCUCCAUCUUUGUGUUCGCACGCCGCACGUAA